UCUCUAAACCUUUAAAUUCAGAAUUAUUUUAAUGUUUCCAGAAUUUAGAUGUAACAUAUUGCAUCCUUAUUCUUCAGUUACAUUAAUCUCUUACCAAGUGAUUCUGACAUUUACAGUCAGUAUUGAAGGCAGCAGCUCAAAUCCCCAUUUUUCCAGGACCAAGACACUCAGUUCUUCCCAGAGUCACUGUUCAGGGAAGAGGAAGAAGAACAGCAGGGAUGAGUGGAAAAGCGUCUCACACACUGAAGCUCCAGUCAGAUCAGCAGCACAGUUUGAUGGUUUGUAUCCGAAGAUGUUCAGUUUGAUGAUCUUCUGCCACGUUUGGUUCCUGCACACAGUUCUGAUCUGCUGCGGUGAAAACGCCACAGGUACAGCAGUGAUCCGGUUUUCAGUGCCGGAGGAUCACCACGUCUGCCUGCAGUGGGGCUCUGACAGCUCUGAUGUGGUCUGGAGUCAUCAGGACAGGAAGGUCCUGGUAACCCGACAGGGCAGCUACGAGACCAACGAGGACCCCCAACGCUACCGUCUGCAGCCUGACGGCAGCCUCCGCCUCCUGCAGCUCGAUGACUCUGACAGCGGGGAGUAUCACUGCAACCAGCGGCUGGUGGCCGAGCUGCAGGUGCUAACAGGCCAUGACUUCAUGGUGUCUGCAGGCCGGACGCUGCUGCUCCCCUGCAGCGGCUCCUCCAAACCCAAACAGAGGUGGAUUCACCGGAGGGAAGGAGGGAGGCGGGAGGCCAUCUUCACCCGGUUCAGAAACGGCACGGUGACACCAGAGAAGGAGGGGAGCCGGCUCAGCUAUGAGAACGAUGCCCUGCAGAUCCAGGACCUGCAGCCAGAAGACGCUGGAGAGUAUCUGUGCAACGGAAAGCUGCUGGCCAGAGUCACUGUCCUGACAGUGCAGCCAGAGCCGACCAGCAUCCAGCAAACCACCAGUACAACUGCAACACCUGCUGUGAUGAACACAGAUGGGGUUGAAAUAAAGAAGAAGAAGAAGAGACCUGAGAACGCCCUGCUGGUGGCUGUUGUCGUCGGGUUGGGGUUAAUGAUCCUCCUCAUGGCUGCCGUCUGUGUUUUACUGACCAGCGUGAAGUGCAGGAGGAAGAAGAAAUACGGACGUGCAGCAGCAGCACAGAGGCACGAAGACACUGAGCUGCAGCCAUGGAAGACGUCCAAACAAACGGAGUGUGAGGUUUAUGUGAGCGCGUCUCUGCCGGAGGAGACCAUCCAUUAUGCCUCUCUGGGCCGACAGAACUGGAGGGAGAGACCCAGCAAGACUCCACCGGAUCAGAGCCACCAUGAUGUCAUCUACUCCUCUGUCAUCACCAGACCUGCCGCCAGAUAGAAACCAAACAGCAGCACAGUCUACUGCAUCCUGUCUCGAACACGCAGCAGAGGGAUGAAAUGCUACAUAUGAAACCAUGAGAGGCUGUUUUGAUCUUAACCACAUGUAAAUGCACUUUCAGAGUUAGAUGACAGGAUUGAUACCAGACCUGGUGUCUUGUCGUCACUGUGAGGUUUCCAGGCAGGAAGUUACCAGUCCCGGCCAAGAAAUAGUCCGGCAUAUUUUACUUUUAGUUUUUUGUACGAAUCAAACAAGACAAAUGUGUUAAUCUGUGAGAUUUAGAGGAGAUGGUAGAUGGAUUUACCUUUGGACAGAGUCACGCUAGCUCUUUCCAGUCUUUAUGCUAAGCUAAGCUAACCGGCUGCGAUAUCGGUCCUCAUCUAACUCUCAACAAGAAAGCGAAUAAGCACAUUUCCCAAAAUGUAGAACUGUUCCAUUAAAAAAAUGUUUAUACAAAUGGUUUCAUGAAACAUUUUCAUUCAUUCCAGCUCCUAUUAUUACUCUCAAUUAUAUUAUAUUAUCGGAUUAUCUCUUUGUAAAGUUCACAACUAGACAUUUUUAUGGACAAACAAACUUUAACAAACAAGGACUUUCCUCGGCUCUCAAAAAAACUAUUGAUUCAAACUACAAAGAUGCAAAGUUGUACUCCGAUCGGUCUUAUGUGAGUGAUGAAGAGGAGCUAAUCUAUUGUUUUUCCAGCUCAUAUUUUUCAAAAUAAUGUCCUGGAUACUAAUAUAAUAAUUCACUGAUCUUACUUUGGACAGUUUUCAGUAUUUUAUUACAUUUGGUGAAAAAUAGUUUGGAAUGAAAACUGUGGGCAGUAAGGUGGGUCGAUCAUCGUGAGAAACUUGGAGGUUUGUUCAAAAAGAAACACGUUGCUUUUGAGUUAUAGAAGUGUUAUUUUUUAACAGUUUUAGCACCACAAACAAAAUCAA